AUGGAAAUCGCUCUGCAGGCCGAUCCUCCUCAUAUAAAAGCUUUGCAGAAUUAUUUAGUCGAGCUCACAUCUAUAAUUGAGAGAGCGAGAAGCACUGUUUCGAGGGAUAGUAUUUGCAUGGCGAUGGGCAUUCUUUUCAAAUAUAGUGGCGCAUUAUUGGAUGUCCAGAGUGGUUCUGAUGCAGAGAUUUCAUGCUUAUUGCACAUGUUAGCAUAUUAUCACCUCUCUUCUGCCUCACCAAAUACUGCAGAAGCAUUAGCAUGGAAUGGAAUGCAUGCUCUCGAAGCUUCUGCUGCUGUCACCCGUACGAAUCUAUCGAGAAGUGAAUUGGCAGCUUUAUGGACACGUGAUGAUUUGGCUGAAUACUGCACAGACAGUCUAAUACCAGCAGAAGGAGGUAUUCAAAGGCUUCAUGCGGGAGUUUAUCGGCAAGGACUGAAGAACUAUUCUGUGAAGAAACCAGCUAUAACCGAUGAACAAAUAGAAAUCUUGUUCAAACUAGCUUUGCUCGACGGCAUUCUUUCCGUAUCGCCGAUCGGGAAGAAUAUGGAUUUCGCUGGCAGCAGUCUGACUAGCAUUGAUGUGUUCCUGUGGUUGGAAAGGAUAAAGGGUAAAAAUGAUCUUUGGAUGACACUUUAUGCUACAGCGAUUCAUGAUGCUAUAUUUGGGGCACAUCCCCACCGUCGAAGGCUUGAUGAGCUCUUUCCUGAUGGCGCUAAUGAAGAAGAGGAUCUCACUGUUGAGGCAGUGGAUGAUAUAGAGGAGCACGUUUCAAGAUAUCUUGCCACGAGUUUUCUCGCAAAAGGAGAAUUCGGAGAGGCGGAACGUAAACUGCUAUACGCAAAAUCAAGUGCCAGCAAAAAGUUACUGAUUAGAGUGUAUGAAAGCUGGUUGAAGGAUGGCCACCUUGACGAUCAUGAACGAGAUCAGUUAUCUAGGCGGGUUCGAGAUUUGCAGCCUUACGGUGAUGCUGAUGAGUCCGCCCCGAGAGAGAUUUGA